AUGGCUGCGCCCGGCCCUCUCUACUGCUUGACGAUGUUCAGCGUUUUGGCGCUGGCCGCAGCGGGCAAGCACGUCGCGGUCUUUGGCGGCAUGAUGAGGAGCCACCACCUCACCGUCGUCCCGCUGAUCGAGGGCCUGCUCGAGCAUGGCCACGAUGUCUCUUUCGUGGUGCCAAACACUACGGAGCAUAGGUCCUACUUCCCCAAAGGCGUGGGCUCGGCCACGAUGGUCUUCCUCGGGACAGAGGACUGGGCUUUUGACACGCUGUUCAGUGGCCCCGAGUACGACUUCAAAAACCUGCCGUGGUACAAGAAGCCACUCCUCUUCGCAAAGGUGCUUUCAACCUACCGAUCGACGCUCGACGUGCCGAUGUUUAGCAUGCAUGACGAGCUGGGUCCGUGGCUCGCACGUGCGGGGGUCGAUGCGGUGCUCCUCCACGCGGCAUCUUUCGGUAGCGUCCCCGUCGUAGCGGCGUCUGGAAUCCCAUGGGUAAGCUACUUCUCGGUUCCGCCACUGCCUCUGUUCCUCGAGCAUGAUGACGAUCGGGUCUGCCGAUAUCCCAACUACAUGAAGCCGCCUCCGGUCACCGAGCUGAAGCAGUCUCUAGUGGCGCGCGUGAAGAACCACAUGGUGUGCCGCUUCCUGCAGACAUACAUGGUCUUUGCCGACCGCGAGAUGCGCGCUCUGUUUGACGCCCGAGGUCUGAGCAUGGGAGAUGGCCUGCUCCAAAUGAUCACGAGCGCGCCUUCGCUGAUGCUGCUCGGCGGUCCUCCUCUCAGCCACAAUGUCGAGCUGAAGGAGAAUAUCCACGUGCUGGGCGUGAUAGACCGGCCCCAGCCGGAUGUUAUCCCAGCAGGCAUGCUCGGCUGGCUCGACGCCGCUCGCGACGCGGGAGCUCCAGUCGUGUACGUGUCGAUGGGCACCAAGUACGAGCUUCACGAGAAUACCUGCACGAGGCUGAGUGCGCUGCUCGACGAGAUGGCGACUUCACUCGGCGUUCGCUUCCUGUGGUCGCUGAGGGCGUCUCAGCAGGAGACGCUCCGUGCGUACCUGCCUGCACAGGGCGAGCUCGUGCGAAUCGACAAGUUCACGCCCCAGCCGGAGGUCCUGCAGCACGCCGCCGUGAAGAUAUUUCUUUCGCACUGCGGCUGGGGCGGCGUGACAGACACCAUCAGAGCCGGUAUCCCCGUCUUAGGAUACCCUGGGAUGCAGGACCAGUUCACCAACGCGCGGAUGCUUCAGGAGGCCGGCGCCGGAGUGAUAUUGGAGGAGGACUUCUCAAAUCUCGUCGAGAGCACGAAGCUGUUGCUGCAUGACCCGACGUUCGCCGCGGCCUCAAAGGCUGCGGGCGAGACCCUCCGUACCUACGGGGGCUUGCCUCGGGCCCUAGAGAUCAUCGAGGCCGCCGCAGAGGGGACGUACGUGAAGCCGGACGCCGAGGUCCACGCCAAGAUGAAUGAGGUCGAUCCAUUCUUUCUAGAGCCGCAGGACCUGGUGCAAUGGCUCAGUCUGGCGAUAUGCGUCGGCGCAAUCUCGCUCACGCUCCUGGCGUGUUGCUGCGUCGGCCGCUGCUUCUGCGGGCGCUGCUGCAAGAGAGGAAGCGCGGCAGCCGAGGACCGCGCCAAGAAGCGGCAGUGA